GGGUGGGUGGGUGUGUUAGGGGUUGUAUACAGUGGGAGGAGAUAAAUUAGAGGGUGUGGCAUUUCUUGCAUAUAACCCCCUGUGUGUCUGCCCAGUCCUCACUCCCUCGAUUCACUUGCUUUUCCUUAUUCCUCGUUGUGAACUCCACAGAAUCUAAGUCAACAUGUCUGCUUCAGAACUUCAAAAGGCAAUGACAUCGCUUAUUGCAGUUUUUUAUAAAUACUCUGGAAAGGAAGGAGACAAAACAACCCUGUCCAAAGGAGAGCUCAAGGAGUUGCUUACUGCUGAGAUGGCUGACAUUUUUGGGAAAAGCACUGACCAGACUGCACUCGACAAGAUCUUUAAGGAUCUGGAUGCUAAUAGAGAUGGAACUGUGGACUUCCAGGAGUACGUCACCCUGGUUGCUUGCAUCACCAUGCUGUGCAAUGAAUUUUUCAGCCAAAAGAAGUGAUUAAUUUACCUAUAACCUUUUACUUAUUAACAAAAGGUUAUGUAUGUGAUGGUAUAUUGAAACAAAAAAUAAAAUGUUGUUUUGAAAACAA